GUGCCGAGCUGCAUCGGUCAAAUCCAUUCUUGUUUGCCAUCCAGGUUACGCUUGGUUUGCUGCUCACUGUAACCGGACCUUCACCAGGGAAUUCGUCGACGCAACUGUUCCACCUACCUGAUAUCCCGGGACGUGACUGGCCUUAUCGUCGGACACCAGAUGGUGCCAGAGGCUACUUGCCCCCGACCAGUUCAACUCUAUCAGAGGACAAGACCAUGACGUCACGGGAAUGCUAUUUAAGGACCUGCUUCUGCGAGGGAUCCUUCAGUGGGCGCGGCAGCAGUGCCGAGAUGCAUCGGUCAAAUCCAUUCUUGUUUGCCAUCCAGGGCGGCGCCACGUAGCGCGGGGCAUGCCGACGCCUGGUUGCAGCAGCAACAGCAGCGACGAGGGCAGCCAGCUGGACUGGGCCAUCGCGGGAUACCGAGCCUGCGCCCAGGAGGCCCUGCGGUUUCUCAUCGAGCAGGAGCAGCUGCCAGGCAACGAUCCCGUGGUGCUCGGCCUCUGGCGACACUUAGCCCUACAGGAGCUCACCAUGGACGCGGACUCUGUGAUGAGCCAGCAGGCGGCAGAAGGCGAAUUGCCGUUGCACGUUCCAGCGGAAGACGAGGCUCCGUCCGGCAGCUCGGAGGAAGAAAUUUCGCAUCAGUUACGUGGUCAGGGCCAGGAUCUGCUGAUCAGCCGCGACCCACAUCCUUCGAGCGACUGCCCGCAGAGCCUAGUCGAUGCGCUGUCUCCGGUUACGCCGUCGUGCGUGAACAGCGCACCGAUUGCGAUAAGACGGACAUCUCCCACCACAGAACUGUGCAGACGCGCUCAAGAAUAGUGACUGAAUGUGCGCGCUAAGUCGGUGGACAAUGACCUCUGCGGUCACUAUUUCCGUCAGGCGUGUCACAGAGACAUAUAAGUUACCGAAUGCUCAAUGUUUACACAUCACUUACAGUUUUUUUAUUAAGCCACGAGUCGCAAACAACUCCUGCUAUCAGGAAAGCAGUUUUCUUUUAUAAGUGCAGGUACGCGAUAAGAAUCCACGCUCAUUGUAUUGAAAUAUACUGUCUGUAUGCUAGCGAGA